CAUCAGAUCUUGCCAUCUUUCGUAAGAACACAGUCAGCAGGCAGAACUGCAUCCAAGCUGACCUCCGAAUCCCAUCCUCGGACCGCCUGCUUACCUCAUCCUCCCUGCAUUGCGAUACUUCCAUCCGCGUCCUCGCGAGGUCUCGCCAUAUAUCCCGAGUCCCAUUUCUAGUUGGCUGUCCGACUUUGAAUUGACCGGUGCUUUUUGCCGUCGGACGUGUUAUCUUUGUCGUCACCAACUCGUCGUUUCUCCAUGCAGCCUGCACUAGCUCCAGCGCCGCAUCCAAGCAUGCAAACAUCUGCUCAGGACCAUGCUGAUCAAGUGCUUCACGAUUCGCUGUUAGCAGCGCAGCAUUUGUCGCAGCAUCCCCAACAACCGCGUCCACAGCAGCCAAAUGCGCAACCUCACCACCUGCAACCAACCGCCACAACAAGCCCCCGCGAUCAAAACAAUAUUGACCCUGCGAUCUCCGGAGGCGCAAUGCUUCCCCCAUCACAACCACCAGCGCAGCCAGAACCCACUGUCGAGGACGAGACGCCGAAAACCUAUGGGAAGCGACCGCUAUCUACCUCGAAGCGUGCCGCCCAAAACCGCGCCGCUCAAAGGGCUUUCCGCCAGCGUAAAGAGAGCUACAUCCGCAAGCUUGAGGAGCAAGUAAAGGAGUACGAAGUAAUGUCGCAGGAAUAUAAAGCUCUGCAGGCUGAAAACUACCAACUGCGGGAAUAUGUCAUCAACCUACAAUCCCGGCUGCUGGACUCACAGGGUGAGGUUCCUGAGCUACCGGGGAACAUCGAUCUCAACCAGCCGCGAACCGAGAUUUCUGUACCGCAGCCGGCUCCUAGACCUGGCCAGGCUGGUGCCUCGGCUCCUCCGCAGGGUUCACCCCAAUCGCAGGUAUCCAUUGCUAACGACGAUAUGAACUCUUUAAACCGCAUAGCGGAAGCUGGCCUUGGGAUGCGCAAACACCCAAAUGAAGAAGCUUUCUUGAGUAACAAUUUCCAGGCCCGUCGUGGCCGAGGGGAUGAAACCGCCGACCCUUCGGAAACGAAGACGGAGCCUCCGACUCAUGGGUUACCAAUGGUAUCAUGAGUGCUUGUCAAGCUUGAUUCCACCUUGUUCGCAUUUCCUUAUGCCGCAUAAAUUAUGUUCGUCUUUGUGCCGCUUCUACUUACCAGCGUCUAUUGUCUGUGUCUAUUGUUCGUUUCUUAAUCUCCCAGGUGUAUGGCGCAGAGUGAGGGAUCUAUCAUGGCCUUGGGGUUGGUGUUCUGCGUUUGUCUGAUCGGACUGGGGAACUUCGCAUCCACUCAAAUACAGUAUUGUAUACCUAGUUCUGGGAUUGUCUUUCAACCAAGACUUAAUCGCAACGCAUUACUUGGUCUCUGC